CUCUCUUUUUUCAUUCCUAUAAAAUCACACCUUCUCUUCUCCACACAGCUCCAGAUCGACAAUCCUGAAGCUCUGAGAACCAGAGACUGUAGGAGGAGAACACCAGACAAGCCAGGCAGGUGAAGAGGCUCGACACACUUCUCCUGAAGAUGGAGACAAUUCUGUCGAGACCAUUAAAUGUCCUCACUGGAAUUUUGCUCCUACAUUUAACAGGGUGUGUGUUGGCGGAUGCGUCGGGUCGCUGCAGUGUGUUCGGGCGUCAGCACAUACACACGUUUGAUGGAGUGAUUUAUGAGUUUGCUGGUGAUUGUAGCUACAUGAUGGCUGGAGACUGUCAGAGCAGAACUUUCUCAAUCCUGGGUGAUUUCUCACAAGGUAGGAGGAAGGGAGUGAGUGUGUUCCUUGGUGAGAUCUUUGAGUUGCGUUUGUCUGUUGAUGGAACUCUAACUCAACAAGGAGAGAGGCUCCAGCUGCCCUAUGCCUCUAACUCUGUGUUUGCGGGUUAUGAGUUGGGCAGUGUGCGUUUGUGGAGUGAAGAGUUCGGCUUCUCUGUUCACAUCGACCCGACUCACAACAUCCAGAUCGCACUCAGCAAACAGCACAAGAACCGAACCUGUGGUCUGUGUGGGAACUUUAACUCCGCCCCCAGUGAUGACUACACAGCACAAGAAGGUUUUUUGACGAAGGACGAAUAUGACUUUGCCAAUUCUUGGGCCCUAAACGGUGCAGGGAAAGUGUGUAAGCGAGUGAAAGCACCGUCUCAGACCUGCAACACUACAAGAAACUCAGAACAGUUGAUGUCACAGUGUGAGCUUCUGCGCACCUCGGCAGUGUUCCUGCGCUGUAACCACCUGGUGGAUGUAGAUGCCUUCCUGGCGGUGUGUGAGUCGGAUGUGUGCCACUGUAGAGAUGGCGGGGAGUGUGUGUGCCACGCCCUGCUGGAGUACGCACGCACCUGCGCCAGCCACGGACUUGUCCUGCAUGGCUGGCACACACAGAACCAGUGCACUCCGAAGUGUCCAAUAGGAAUGCAGUACACUGAAUGUGCUAAGCCUUGUUCCACUUCAUGUCAAAGCCUUAACAUCCAUGAGCUCUGCAGGGACGAGUGUGUAGACGGCUGCACCUGUGCAGCGGGUAAGGUGCUGGAUCGAGAACAGUGUGUCGAUGUUUCUCAGUGUUCAUGUCAGCACACAGGAAAACGCUUCCCUCCUGGAUCCUCUGUCUCACAGGACUGCAAUACAUGUGUGUGUCGUCAUGGGUCGUGGGAGUGCACCAAUGAGGAAUGUCCAGGAGAGUGUGUGGUUACAGGACAGUCCCACUUUAAGACCUUUGAUGAUAAAUUCUUCACCUUCAGUGGAAUCUGUCAGUACCUGUUGGCUAAAGAUUGUCACAGCAGCACCUUCUCCGUCCUCAUAGACACUGUGCAGUGUGCAGACGACCCCGAUGCCGUGUGCACACGUUCGGUCACACUGAUGCUCCACGAUCUAACCAAUCAGACGAUCAGGCUGAAGCAUGGGGGCGUGGUCAGUGUAGGUGGCAUCGAUGCUCAAACUCCAUUAAUUAACGGACGCCUGCGUGUCCAGAGUACAGUGUUGUCAUCAGUGAGACUGAACUUUGGAAAUGAUCUUCAGCUGGACUGGGAUGGUCAUGGUCGUGUGCAGCUCAAGCUGAGUCCAGUCUAUGCAGAGAAAACAUGUGGUCUGUGUGGUAACUAUAACGGUAACCAAGGAGACGACUUCCUGACGGCGGGAGGUCUGGUGGAGACACAAGUGGAGGGUUUCGGGAACUCAUGGAAGAUAAAUGCUGAGUGUGACAAUGUUGUGAAACAACCCAAUGACCCCUGCAGCUUAAACCCAAAGAGAUUGAAUUUUGCAGAGGAGUCAUGUGCAGUGAUGCUGUCAGUCCGCUUUGAAGCGUGUCACCACAAAGUGAACCCGAGUCCGUAUGUGAAGAACUGCCGUUAUGACGUGUGCUCCUGCGCAGACGGACACGAGUGCCUGUGUGCAGCCGUGAGCAGCUACGCAGCCGCAUGCGCAGCCCGGGGAGUGUUGCUGGACUGGAGGGGACAGGGGUACUGUGAGUUGACAUGUCCAGGUGAUCAGGUGUACGAGGUGUGUGGGAAUGUGUGUAAUCAGACGUGUCACUCUCUCUCUGUGCCGGACACCGAGUGUGUGAGUGUGUGUGAUGAGGGAUGUUUCUGUCCUCGUGGUUUGUACCUGAGUGACACGGGUGAGUGUGUAUCACCUGAACACUGCUCCUGUCACCACCAAGGAGAGAUCUACCAACCCAACGACAUGUUCGCUGAUCACAACUCCAUCUGUUACUGUGAGAAUGGUGUGAUGCGCUGUAGCUCCAGUGAUCUCACCCCCGCUGUCCUCUCAGACCUGUUCUUUGAUGAACCUUCACCUUCUCGAGAGCGGCGGUCUCUCUCCUGUCCGGUUCCUCUGCGCUGGUUGCAGUGUGAGAGCUCGAGAGAUGUCGGCAUCGAAUGUGCAAAAACGUGUCAGAAUUUUGAUCUGGAGUGUGUGAGCCAGGGCUGUGUCACCGGCUGUGUAUGUCCAGCUGGGACGGUUCGUUACAGAAGAGACUGUAUUCCUCCAGACCAGUGCCCUUGUUUCCAUAACAACCACGCUUACGCUCCAGGACAGAGCGUUAACGUCGACUGCAACACCUGUGUGUGUGAAGGCCGACAGUGGAAGUGCACUCAGAGGUUGUGUGACGGUGUGUGUCGGACAAUCGGAGAGUCACAUUACAUCAGCUUCGAUGGACUGAAGUUCUCCUUCCCAGGACGCUGUCAGUACGUCCUCGCUCAGGAUUACUGUAAUGGAGUGGAUGGAACGUUCCGGGUGCUGGUGGAAAACUCAGCCUGUGGGGUCAUAGGUCAGCGGUGCAGUAAGAGCAUCAGUGUGUUUUACAUGGGAGGACUGAUCAUCAUGGAGAAAGGAGAGGUGAAGAUGAGGAGGCCGGUGAUGAAGGACACAGAUGUUGAGAUCAUACGUUCUGGACUUUACCACAUCGUUCUUCUUGGAAAACACAUUUCUCUCACCUGGGACAUGGGAACACGGAUUAUACUGCAGAUCAACAGUGUUUACAGGAGUAAGGUCUGUGGUCUGUGUGGAAACUUUGAUGGCAGUCAGAAUAAUGAUCAGUUGAGCAGUAAUAAUCAGAUGGAAGUGGAUCCUAUAGAUUUCGGAAACUCGUGGAAGGUUCGGCCGAGCUGCGCUGACGCUGUUCAGGUGCCUUCUGAGUGCAGUAUUGACAUGGUGAAACUGGUGACAGUGGAGCAGUCGUGCCGUGUACUCAGUAGCGCCCCCUUCAGGGAGUGUAACAGUGUGGUGGAUUCUGAGCCGUUCUGGGAGAUCUGCACUCACGACACAUGCUCGUGUUCGUCUGUCGGAGACUGCACGUGUUUUUGUGACGCCGUCGCUGCCUACGCCCACGAGUGUGCUCAGAGGGGCGUGAUAGUGGAGUGGAGGUCCAAUGAUCUGUGCCCUCUGAGCUGUGAGGAGCUGAAUAAAGAUGCAGGUUUGGAGUGUGAGUGGCAUUAUAACGCCUGUGGUAAAGCCUGUCCUGUAACCUGUCAACAUCCACAACCCUUAAACUGCCCCAGCAGCUGCAUCGAGGGCUGCCACGCCUCCUGCCCACCAGGUCAGGUCUUAGACGAGGUUCUGCAGCGUUGCGUGGAUCCAUCUCAGUGUCAGGUGUGUUUGCAUGGAGGAGAACGGAUUUCACACGGAAAGCAGAUCAUUCUCAAUCACGAUGACCCCCAUCUCUGUCAGAUAUGUAAUUGUGAGGAGAACAAGUUAACGUGUGGACCAUGUCCUGUGUCUGUCCCGACCUCCACACUGAGCCCUGACACUGACGUCACCACACCCACACCGCUGCCCUUCUCUACAGCCGUGCCUGAGGAUGCCUGUGAUCGAGCAAUGGACCUGGCCUUCCUGGUGGAUGGGUCUUCAUCUCUCAGUGAGGAAGACUUCGGCUUGGUCAAGCUCUUUAUCCUGGGUGUGGUGGACCGUUUCCGUAUGGGCUCAGCACACACCCGUGCUACGGUGCUCCUCUUCCAUUCUGGAGUAAAGAGCUAUGAUAUGCAGGUGCAGAAGUGGAUCUUCAAGAAAAUGGUGCGUGACAUGCACUACAGCGGCGGUGACGUAGCCUUUAUGGAUGAAGCCAUCAAGUAUCUGUCAGUUUACAUUUACGACAAGAACAAGCGAGAACACGCAGGUCGUGUCGCUAUUUUGUUGACGGCAAGUAAAAACCCCCGACCCAUGCGCACCACUCAGCGCCUGCUGAAGAAGAAAGACAUCACAGUUCUCACCAUCGCUCUGGGACCCGAGGUCAACAUGGCGCAGGUCAAUGACAUCACAAAAGCCACACCUAGUAGUCGGUUGUAUGUUCUGAGCAGUGCAGGAGAGCUGGACAGCCGAGCUUUAGAGAUUACAGACCACCUGUGUACCUUGGGGUUGGACCCUAAACCUCUAAAGAAAACAACCACUCAGAAAUCCACAACAUCUUCAUCCACUAGCUACACCACCACGAGUCCUGUAGCAGUCCGGCUCAGCACAUCACCCGCCACUGUUCCUCCAUCUGCUGCCAUUAUGACUCCAUUUCCCAGCAUCCUCAAUCCUGGAACUACUCUUCGACCUCCUAAUGCGACCUUGCAUGACAUCACCAUCCUCCUUGAGGGGUCAGAUAGCGUUGGGGAAGAUAGUUUCAACCGCACCCUAGAUGCACUUGUUGAUGUCCUGGCCUCAUUUGAAGAGCAAGACGAAGAGCACUAUCGCAUCACAGUGAUUCAGUACUCCUUCACGGUUACCGUGGAGAUCACCCGAAUGGAGCUUCUACACAGAGAACAGCUCUUGCGCCAACUGCAGAAGAUCCGCUUCCGAGGUGGCGAGCAGAUCAACACGGGCCACGCCAUCCGUUCCGUCUACGAGUCCAUCACCACUAAAAUGCCAAGUCGCUCUCCAGACCAGAUGGUGUUCCUCAUAACACAAAAUCCACCCACUGAUGUGAUCCAAAGGCCACCAAGCUCCACCCACACGCAGAUCAUUCCCAUUGGGAUUGGUCCACAAGUGAGGGAGGUGGAUCUCGAAACUCUGAGUUUCCCUCAUGCACCAAUCAUGUUGAAGAACACAGAGCAGCUGAGAACACUGGGACCCCUGCUGGUCAAUAUCAGUAGGACACACAAAAGACCGUUUACGCCUGUGUUGCCACCAAGAGCCACACUGCCCCCUGCAGUGCCCUGCUCCAAGCCUAUGGAUGUUCUGUUUUUGCUCAGAGCUUCUUCUGGGGAUCAGUUUGAGGAUCUGAAAUCAUUUGUCAAAUCCUUUAUAAGAAACACUGAUAUCAGUCAGAACAGAACUCAGGUAGCCGUGAUGAUGUACGGAGAGAAACCCGUGGAGUCUCUGAGCUGGAGAGAUACACAGAACUCAGAACAUCUUCUUCAGCUGCUGGACAAAUUACAGAACAAAGCCGAUACUUCAGCAAAACUGGGCGCUGCAUUACGAUUGGCUGUUCAGAGUUCUAUUUCCUCCACAAGUGGAGGCCGGAUGGGCGUGGCCAAGGUGGUGGUGAUGCUGGUGACUGACAGGUCAACUGACUCGGUGCAGGAGCCUGCAAACGAGGCAUUAACGGCAGGUGUGUCAGUAUUCCCUAUCGGAGUGGGUAGGCAGUAUGACAGGAAUGAGCUGUUUGUGCUCGCUGGUCCUCACACACAUGAGAACAUCAUAGAGCUGAGGAGCAUGAAUGACCUGCUCACCAUGGUUACGCUGGACAGAUCCUUCACUGACAAACUCUGCAGGGCGGGUCCUCCUGGAGUAUGUGUGGAUGAUGAUGGAAUGGAGAGGAAGCCUGGAGAGACAUGGCUGUUAGCAGAUGGCUGUCACUCGUUGCUCUGUAAUCCCUCUGGAGUCGUGACCCUGCAGAGCCACAGAGUGAACUGUGAGAGACUGGAGCGUCCGAGCUGCAAAAACAACCUCCGUGCUAUAAAAGUAAACCAGACAUGUGGAUGUACCUGGACCUGCCCCUGUAUGUGUAUCGGCAGCUCCACCAGUCACGUGGUGUCGUUUGGGGGCGUGGCUCUGAAACUGAAAGGUGCUUGCUCCUAUUCUCUGCUUCGAAUCGGAGGGGCGGAGCUUGUGCUUAACAUGGCCAAAUGUCGGGACUCGCCCAGUCAGAUCUGUAUGAAGAGCCUGGAACUGAGAGAAGGUGGAGCUCGUGUGGUAUUGGGAGACGAUAUGAAGGUGACAGUAGAUGGUGUGGUUACUCCAGUACCCUUCAGACGAGAUGGUGUAGCUGUCACACAGAUUGGAGCUCUUCUUCAUCAGCUACGCUCAGAGAAACACGGCUUCACCCUCAGCUUCACUCCACACAGCAAUGAGUUUACUAUCAGCCUCGAUGUCACCAUGACAACCAAAACCACCGGCAUCUGUGGUUCUUGUUCAGAUGAUCAGACUGACUUGUUUCUCCCUGACGGCUCCGUGAGCAGCGACUCGGACGUGAUCCUGCGAGCCUGGGCUCUGGGCGAGUGUGUGGAAAGUGUAACGGAAGUGUGUGAGGUGGGCGUGGCUCAGAGCUGUGAGCUGUUAGCCUCUGAGGUGUUUAGCGAGUGCCAUAAUCUGGUCCCACCUCAGGAAUAUGUGGCGAUGUGCAGGAAGGUGGCGUGUCACCCCUCUAUGGUGUGUGACCUGCUCGCCUCCUACAGCAGUGUGUGUCGUCAGCAGGGAGUUUGUGUUCACUGGAGGACCCCUGACCUGUGCUCCAUGCCUUGCUCGAAGAAUAUGGAGUAUGAUGCAUGUCGUAUAGGGUGUGUGGAGCAGUGUGGCCACGCCCAGUCCCCUCUGGGGGAUGUGGAUUGGAGGGGCGAUGAGAUAGGGGGUGGGACUCAGUGCUGGACCACACCCACUGAAGGCUGCUUCUGUCCUCCUGGUACAGUGCUGCGAGGGGAGGAGUGUGUUAGUCAAGAAGCCUGCAGUCAGUGUGUAGACCACCUUGGACAAGUCCACCAGUUCAUGGAAAGAUGGACUCCAGAUGAUAACCCAUGCUUGCUAUGUUUGUGUUUAGAUCAGCAGCAUAUAAAUUGUACAUCUCUGCCAUGCUCUAAUGCUAAAGCCCCUGUAUGUGGACUGUGUGAGAUCCUGGUUCAGAAAAAGGAGUCAAAGUGCUGCCCCGAGUACGAAUGUGUGUGUGACACAGUGAACUGCAAGCUCUCGGCUCCUCCACCAUGUGGAAAUGGUCUCACCUCCGUCUUGACAAACCCAGGAGAGUGUGCACCUGUCUACCAAUGUGUUUGUAGAAAAGACCAGUGCUCUAUAACCAGGCCCUCAUGCCCCGCCCACAAAAAGCUGUCCAUCAAACAGACUGACUGCUGUGAUUCUUACGAAUGUGUGUGUAGCUGUCAGAACUCCACCCGAGUUUGUCCUCCCGGUUUCAUCACCAAGGAGCUGACCAAUGAGUGUGGCUGUGUGGACGUCACCUGCCUGCCUGAUAAAGUGUGUGUUGUGGAUGGUGUGGUGUAUCAGAGGGGCAGCAGAUGGGAGAAGAAGUGUAAGACGUGUUUGUGCACUGAGCAGACAGACAGAACUGGGCUGCACAUAGCACAGUGUGUGGAUCCUGCCUGCAACCGGAUCUGUCCUCUGGGAUCUACAUAUUAUCAUCCAGAGGGAGAAUGCUGUGGACACUGCCGUAAGAACGGUUGUGUUGAAAAGGAUGCCAAACGUGGAGAAAGACUGAGACAGGUGGGCGAGAGCUGGGUGUCUGCUGAUGAUCAGUGUGUGUUGAGUGAGUGUGUACGAGUGAACGAGGAGGUCUUCAUUCAGCACACAAAUGUGUCCUGCCGCAUCAUGGACAUGCCGACCUGCCCACUGGGUACUGAACUGCGCUGUGACACGUCUGUCAACUGCUGUCCAACCUGCCAAUGUGAGCCUGUGGAUGCCUGCAUGAUGAAUCAUACAGUCAUUGGAGUUGGUGAGAGAGUGAUGGUGGAUGCGUGUACAAACUGUAAGUGUGUGAUCGAGGGAGGAAAAUAUCACCUGGCCUGCAGGAAGAUGAGUUGCUCACCAUGUUCAGAGGGUUACACUCUUGAGCCUUUACCUGGUGCCUGCUGUGGCCGUUGUGUAGCUUCAUCCUGCACCAUCCUGCAACCUGAUGGACAGAUGAUCAGCCUCCGAGUUAACACUACUCGUGAAGACGGCUGCAUUAAACACACAUGCAGUGUGAAUGAGAACGGAGAGCUGGUGCUGGAGACUGUAGUGACCACAUGUCCUCCACUGGACCGAGCCAACUGUCUGGAGCAUGGGGGUCAGAUCAGCCGGAUCGGACAGAGCUGCUGUGAAAUGUGUACUGAGCCUGAGUGCAGGAGGAGAGUGGGUUUGUUGGAUUAUAUCAGGAUUGAUGAUUGUCAGUCAGAGGAGAAACUGGAGCUGAGUUACUGCGAGGGACGGUGCAGCAGCAAGUCUGUGUAUUCUGUGGAGAAGAACCGUGUGGAGAACCAGUGUGUGUGUUGUAGUGCUACAGGAACUUUACCUCUGAGUGUUUCUCUACGCUGUCCAAACGGCACACACACACACCACCAAGUCUUCACUGUUACCGGCUGUGAGUGUGCGAGACACGACUGUCCUGCCGACUGAGACAAACACACACACACACAUUGCAACCUCUCAUGUGUACAACACUGUCACUGUAACCACAUCUCACUCCUUAUCUCAUUAUUAAACACACACUUAAACAACAAUACUUUGAUGAAUCAACUUUUAAUCAAUAAACACAAUUACUAUCUACA